AUGCAACGCAAACGUGGAAGCUCGAAGAAGUACACCGCCAAGGGGCGAUCGCGCUACGUGGCAACUGAGGAAGAAAUCAUCGCACGGAAUGCUGGAGUUACAGCUGAAGAAUCUGGCGAGGAAUCACCAAGCGAGGAAGAAGAGGAGACACCGAGGCCGGUAGCUAAACCUUCAAGGCGCCCAGAGAGCUCAUCAAGUGGUUUCGAGAUUUGCAACCCUAACCGUAAUGCUAGGCCUGUCGAAAAGACUGGUAUUGUUGAGCUAUCCCGUCGUGAACGCGAAGAACUACAGCGCCAGAACUUUGAGAGGCAAAAAAUGACUCUCAUGGCUCAGGGAAAGCUCAAGUCGGCUCAGGCUGACCUCGCAAGGCUUGCCGAAAUCCGCAAACAGCGCGAGGCUGCCAUGGCUCGUAAAAUGGAGCAAAUGUCGCUAAAAGGAAAUCAGUGA